GAGGACCUAACUUCUUGGUUUUUGGCGUGGCCGGGGGCGUCGCGUGCGGCCAGCCGAGCCGGCUCAGACGCUCCCGUCGUUUUCUCUCUUCGGCCGCCCCACUCAAAAACCUCUCUAUUUCUCCUUCCCUCGUCAAUUCUUGCCCUGCUAGGCGGCACACGGCGCCGUGGCACCUCCCCCAUUCCCACGUUUCCCUCUGCGGCCUAUUCCUCUAUUAGGCUAGAGCUGAGGCCGGCCUGUCCCGGUAGUCGCCGGCUUCACACUCCGAGAGCGUUUCUUGCUCGCUCUCUCUCCCCCCCCCCGUCCUUGAGGCAGAAGACGCCACCUUCUUUCGGGGGGCCCCGGGCCUAGUAUGCGCACGCCGGCCGCUCUCGCCUUCCUGCUUUCCCACCCGUAUUUCGCAAGGGAAACGUGGCCAUGGGGCGCUCCUUAAGAUCAGCUAGGAAGAACCAGCUUUCGGAUUCCCCGGACUUUGCCUGAAGCCCUUGGGAAUCUGUUGCUUGCGAACAGAAGACUGACCCAAAGUUGAGCUUCUUCCAUACAAAUCACCCCACAACUUGGUGUCUGCUUUCUUUUUCUUUCUCUUUAUCCCACACCCUAGCUUUACACAUUUGUCGUGACCAAAAAAUCGCUUAAAUCAUUAAUUUCAAAACAAGAAAAUACUUUGCUUGUCACCUAUCCCAAUGUGGGUGGAGUGGUAACGUUCAAAAGCAGGAUUUGAGGGGGGUGGGGUGGAGGACUAUGACAGCUCAUUUAGCAACAUUUGUGCUGGGGAAAACUCAGGCUAUGAGCCAAGUAGCCCUGUAAAUUGGUUCUGACACUGUAUAUAGGCAGCAGCAGCAAGUUAAACUUGUGUCUUAGAAUAGCAAGCUUUUACUGUAUAGUACUGAAGGACUGAGUCUUGCCUGGCUGUAGCAUGAAUUCAGUAUGCCCCUCUGCAGUUGACUUUAGGAAAAUGUUUUCUAUUGCUAUCAUAAUUUUCAAGAAUAGGCAUAGUUUUAAAAUGCCUUAUUUUUCUUAGUCCAUACACAUUAGUACAAGCUUCUUCCUAAGCAUCAAAGAAACAGAAUAACUAUGGAGUGAUCCAUAAUUAUAAUAAUCUUAAGUAUCCAAACUCAUACUCUUAAGUACCCAAACAUUUUUGAAAGCUCAUUUUCUGAUAUUUCCCAGUUUUAACAAGUUCCUCAUCUUUGUCACUUUCAUCAUCGUCCAGAGCACUACUGUAUGUGGGGUAUUUGAAGGGGGCUUGUUUUAAAGUACUAGAUUUUGCAAAGUAUUCAUCACCAUGAUUGAAAACCUUUCUGGACCAUGUAGUAUUGGAAGGGAAACCACUUCUAACCCUCAGGCUUCAGAAGAAGAGAAAACCGAGACACCAGCAAGUCAGGAGGUAGUCAGUCCUGAACCAUACGUUAAGCAUCCAUUACAAAACAGGUGGGCGCUCUGGUUCUUUAAAAAUGACAAAAGUAAAACCUGGCAAGCAAAUCUUCGUCUGAUCUCAAAGUUUGAUACUGUUGAAGAUUUUUGGGCGUUAUAUAACCAUAUCCAGCUCUCUAGUAACUUAAUGCCUGGUUGUGACUACUCACUGUUUAAGGAUGGUAUUGAGCCCAUGUGGGAAGAUGAGAAGAAUAAAAAAGGAGGACGGUGGCUAAUUACACUAAACAAACAACAGCGACGAAGUGACCUUGAUCGCUUCUGGCUAGAGACACUGUUGUGCCUUAUUGGAGAGUCCUUUGAUGACUACAGCGAUGAUGUGUGUGGAGCAGUUGUUAAUGUUAGAGCCAAGGGUGAUAAAAUAGCAAUAUGGACUACUGAAUGUGAAAACAGGGACGCUGUUACACAUAUAGGGAGAGUGUACAAAGAAAGGUUAGGACUUCCUCCAAAGAUAGUGAUUGGUUAUCAGUCCCAUGCUGACACAGCUACUAAGAGCGGCUCCACCACUAAAAAUAGGUUUGUUGUUUAAGAAGACACCUUCAGAGUAUUUCAUAGGAGACUGCGUCAAGCAAUCGAGAUUUGGGAGCUGAACCAAAGCCUCUAUAUAAAAGCAGAGUGGACUGCAUUUAAAUCUGAUUUCCAUCUAAAUGUUGCUAAAUUUGUGAAAGUCUCAUUUGCUUUUGUCUUGUACUUCUGUGUUUGUUUUUCUCCCCCAUUUUUGGCUGAAGUAACCUUUAUCCAAUCAAAGAAUUUCAGUACAUUUGCCCACUGAAACCAUAAAGGUCUCCCUAGCCCACUCUGUGAUGCUUCUUAGGAAAGUAAAUAUUAUAUUAAAUAUAUCCCAAAAACAGUGCCAUUUCUACAGGGGAAGAAACUACUACUUUUUCACCUUUGCAUUGUAUGCAACAUGUUUUGCUGGUUUGAAAGAAUAGUAUGAUGCAUACAUUUUUCUAGCAAAUAUUUCUUUAUA